UCGGAGCCGCCGGUUCGAGUCCCGCGCCCGCGCCCCGCCCGGCUGAGAUGCCAACRCUCCGGUGAGCAGCGAAGGCACAGCCAGGGUGGCAGAAUCCAUGGAAUAGAGCGGGCGAGUCCCGGCGCGGUGUCUCCGAGCAGGACCCGGACCAGCCCGAGCCAGGGACAGCAGCCGGACAUGCCAGAGCCAGCCCCGCUCGGCGGGGACAGGAAAGCGGCCGAGAAGAAGCGGGUGGAGAAGGUGGGAGCCAAGGGCAGCGCUGCCGGGCCUCCAGUCCCGCGGAGCCUCCCCGUGCAGAGCAAGGCGGAGCCGCCCGGCCUGGACCCCGCGGAGGAGCCGCUGCUCUGGGAAGGGCUCACCCUCAACAAGUGCAUCCUGGUGGCCUCCGUGGUCGCCCUGCUCAGCGUCACCUUCCAGGUGCUCCAAGCGCCAUGCUCCAAGGAGGGGAUCGACCGCGCCCGCCCGGAGCCUCCGCCGCCUCCCAUUCCCGAGAUCGUCAGCCCCAAGGAGGAGGAGAUCCCGGAGGUGGUGACAGCCCAGCCCGCGCCGCCGCCGGAGAGCAGCGUGGCCGAGGAUGACGGGGAUGAUGAAGAUGGUGACGAUGACUAUGACAGCGAAGCUGACAGCAAYCUGGGAGAACCCUGGAUCUUCAAGAAGUGGUUUGGCCGUGCGACACCAGAGGAUGAGGACAAGRAUGGGGACAAUGAUGAGGAUGGGGACAAGGAUGAGGAUGAGGAGAAGGAUGAGGACAAGGACGAAGAACCUGCAGAUGUCCCCGAGGUGCCGCCGCCUGUGAUGGAGGGGAAGAAGAGCCAGGAGAAGCAGGAGAAGAAGGUGGAGAAGAAGGUGGAGAAGAAGGAGGAGGAGGAAGACGAGGAGGAAGAAGAAGAAAAGGAGGAGAAGGAGGAAGAAAAAGAGGAGAAGGAGGAGGACGAGGAGGAUGAAGAGAAGGAGGAGGAAGAGAAGGAGGAGAAGGAGGAGAAGAAGAAGAAGGAGGAGAAGAAGGAGAAAGGCCGGGAAGGCCGUGCCGUCCAUGCGGAGCGGAGCAGCCGGAGGGAGGCACGAGCCAAGGACAGGACAACGGGGGACAAACCUGGCAGAGCCCCCAGGGCCCCCAGGGAACCCGAGCAGCAGCCGCAGAAAAAGCGAGACCGGGAGAGGAAGGAGAGGAAGGAGAGACGGCGGGAGCGGGACGAGCCCAGGAGGGAGGGGUGGAAGGGCCGUCCCGGCAGGGCCGACGGCGGGCGGGAGAGCCCGAGGCGGGACUGGAAGCAGCAGAAGGGCCGGAAGCCCUGGGAGCCGGCACCGGGCAGGGACGGCAGGGCCAGGGAGGGCAAGAGGCGCGACUGAGGCCGGGGAGGGCGAGGGGCUCGGUGGCGCUGGAGCCGGGGGUCCCGGAGGAUCCGGGGGGAUCCAAUCCCACCACUGCCCCCACCAAGGGACCCCCGCCCGCUCUCCAGAGACACCCCCAGGCCCGGGCAGCACCCCAGGACCCCAGAGGAGCAGCUCAGGAGCCUCCCCGGGGACUUUGGACUCCCUGGAUCAGAYGCACAAAGGCGACCUGAAAGGACUCGUGGAAGUAGCUCCUCUUUGGGCCUCUCCAUCCCCACCCAAACCCCUCUGCAGUUCAUCUCCGCCCCUGUCCCGGUGAACAGAGUUAUGUCCAGACCCCGUAGCUCUUGGGUUAAUGGUUUUAUUGAAAGCAAAUCAAGAGAGAAGAACAUUCUGGGUUACGGAACCAGGCUGCAGCCGUCCUCACAGGGACAUCGGGACACUCCCCCCGAGCCACCCACCCCAGUGCCAUCGCUGUGGGGUGGCACAGUGCUGGUGACACAGCAGGGCUGGUGACACUCCCCCGGGGAUCCCUGCGAGGAAGCUUCGCCUUCUCCGAGUCGCUUUCAGGAAAGAAACACAAGAGCAAUAUCACACAGCCAGAGACGUUCACAGCCCCGAUCCACGGCAGGUUUCAGUAUUUGCUAAAUCAACAGUGGUUAAAAUAAACUAUUUUCAUUUUUAAUAAGGUAAAAACUGGAUGUUUAAAAAAGAAAAAAAAAGGAGAAAGGAAAAAGGAAAAAUGAGAAAAGCCCUUGUCCCUGGUUAUGUGUUUUGUCCCUGGUUAUGGUGUGUUUUUGGGGUCCCCCAAAUCCGAGGGGCUCAGGGUUAAUCGUGUGAAAUGGGAUUGGCGGGGACA